AUGAGUUCCUCAGCCGCCAUGUCCGCGGCGGCAUCAACGGGCUCGCGCCACGCCGGCCCUGCGUUGUCGCCGUUGGUGGCAAGACAAUAUUCCCGCAGUAUCUAUCGCUGUGCACGGAGUCAACGUGACCAGAAGGACCGCACUCGGCGAUCUCGAUCCAACUUCUCAGACCUGUCUGCGACGCGCAGCUUCUGGGAGGCAGAGCGCGAGCGGAUGCAGCAGCGUAUGGAGGCGCUGAACGCUGAUCCCGUUGGUGCAGUCUUCGGACGCAAACUGGAGCCCUUUCAGGCGUAUGGGAAGCGGUCAGGUUACGUCCAAUCGUUACUCAACAAACCCACGCACAUCCGCUCCAUGUGGCAAACGAAGAGAGGCGAACACUCAGCUCUCGACUAUGAUCCGGUCACCGGGCAAAUGACACCGAGAUCGCCGAAUUCGGGAUCAUCACAUGUUGUGGACUGCCCGCCCGGCAGUGAAAUCGAGGCCAAGUUUGUGUCAAACCCGUCCUUGGUUGAGGAUGGUCAGUUCCAGCCCAGCAGCUUCAAGCCGCAGCAGCCAGAACCCAUCACAACAAUCCGUGCCAACUCCGUGGAUUGCUCACCCGGCAGCGAAUUGGAGGUUGCUUUCCUCUCCAACCCGUCCGGCUUCAAUGAUGCGCAAUAUCGACCCCACGUGCCCGGUGACCAGGCAGCGAAGCCCAACGUCAACAUCACCUGUGCUCCCGGCAGUGAAUUGGAAGCCUUGUUCGUAUCCGAGACUGUCCGCUCCGAAAACGACCAGCCCCAGCUUGGAGCCUUCCAGGUGCAGGCUAGCACGAAGGAGCUCAACGCCGACGCUGGACUCAGCAACCGCACAAAUAUCGAGUGCGCGCCCGGCAGUGAGCUAGAAGCGAUGUUCAUGUCUCACCCCGCCGCCACAAAAGAUCAAAGCCGUCCCGUGGAAGCGUUUGGACAACACAUGAACACGAGCAAUGUCCCUGUCGACUGCCCUCCUGGUAACGAACUGGAUGCCCAAUUCAUGGCGCAGUUCGCCUCUGUGAAUCUCGAGGCGGACACCAAGGCUAGCUCGAGCAUUGAUUGCUCGCCUGGCAGUGAGAUCGAGGCCAUGAUUACCUUUGAGGCCCAAAAUGAAGGUGCCUCUAUUGACUGCCCUCCGGGGAGUGAACUGGAGGCAAAGUUCAUCGCCGAUCCCGCCGCUGCUGAGGAUGGACAGUUCCAGCCUGGUCUGAUGGCCCAUCCUUCUCCCGUCAAGGCCGCCAACGUCUCUGUCGACUGCAUGCCCGGCGAUGAACUGGUCGCCAAGUUCCUUUCCGAGGCCGCCAGCGUGAAUGCCGAGGCGUUGACCGCCAGCGCCAUUCACGCCCGCUACACUUCCAAGGAGUCGCAGCGCGAAUUCCGGCCUCUGCGGUUCGACGGCUCAGAGGACCGCGUCGGGGACUUCCUUGCCCAAAACGAGGCCCUGGUUCAGGAUAUUGAGGCUGCUGCCACAUAUCGCAUCCUCUCGUACGAUGUCACAUCGAAGCAGGUGACGGCUUCAGAGGCCGACUCGUUCUUCGGGUCAGGCGAAAGCAGGACACCAAACCAAGUCCUCUCCCGUCUCCACAACCCCUCCAAGUUCACGCCAUACCUAGAGCAGCUGCAAAGGGACGGCUACGAAAUCGCCACAGGUGGCGGCGAUAUCCUGGUCCUCCGCAAGUUUGAAUCUUCCAUGCCUGGUGCACAAGACUCUUCCGAACUGGCAGCCGCCAACGCCGAGAUCGCCAAACACAUCCGCCACGACUCAUUCCAAUCCACCCCCAAGAACAACAAGAGCAGAGUGGUCACAAGACAGGAAACCGUGUUUACAGGUGGGCCUCCCAAUUGGUCCCCGUGGCCACCGACCUCUUCGGCUGCAAAGAAUGAAGCUGAACUUUCAACUUUCUCGCAAUCUAGAUCCUCAUCCUCAUCAUCAACGUCUCACGCCGCGCUUCAGCGAAUGCUCCUGGCAGGCACCGCGACCGCAGCCUCGUGCUACGCCAUCGCAGUGGUAACGGAGUUCUUCCGUACCGGCGGCGCAGACGGGCGCGGCAUCGAUGCAUUUACGGCCUUUGAGUCGGAGAGGCGGCGCUAUCGACAGUGA